AUGGGUAAGAAGAAGCGCGGUCAUCCAGAUCUCGAGGAGCUGCUCAGUCGCCCUUGGUGCUACUACUGCGAACGAGAUUUCGACGACCUAAAGAUUCUCAUUUCUCAUCAAAAGGCGAAACAUUUCAAAUGCUUGUCCGUGCAUAUGAGCCAAGUCCAUAAAGAAUCAUUAAGUGCUGUCGAUAAUGCCCUUCCUAACAGGUCCAGUCUGGAUAUCGAGAUUUUUGGCAUGGAGGGUGUUCCUGAAGAUGUUUUGCAAGCUCACAAUCAACGCGUCCUGACCCAAUAUCACCAGGCCGAGGCGGAGCGGCGUGCCGUGACGGGGAACCCAGCGCCUGGAUCACAGGGUGGCGGGGGCCAGCCAAAGAAACCAAAAUUCGAAAGCCCUGCGGAAUUAAAAAAGAGGCUUGCGGAGCAUAAGGCGAAGCUUGCUGAACAAGCAGCUGGAAGUAGCAGUGGGGAUGUCACUCCUGUUGGCGCUGGACAAGGCUUGCAGACAGGAAAUGCCGCAUACGUUGCAACGCCUCAGUUUACCGCUGGUCAGCCGCUGAAAGGCUCGAGCCAGCAAUAUUCCUACCCGCAACCCUAUGGGCAAAGUGGCGCUUUUCAACAAAGCACGGCGGCAUUCCAGAAGCAACCCGAUUAUGCGUCCCCUGGAUAUGCUCCAUAUCCACCUGCUAGCCAACAGUUCCCUGUAACUCAGUUUAGCACUCCGCAGGUCUCGUCGCAACAGUAUCAGCAGCCGGCUUCGAGUCUUCCACAGCGUCCAUUGGGAACAAAUACGCCUCCAGGACCUUUUCAACAACAACAACAACCGCCAUUCCAGACUCAAACUCCUCCACAUACCAGCCAUUUCCCCUCUCGCCCUCCCAGUCUACCUACUGCGCCUGGCCUUCCGCAACGCCCAAGUUUUGGCGCUCCCCAAGUCAAUGCUUUCCAGAUGCAACAACUGCAUCAUGGUCAACCUUCGUACGGGUUAGAACAAACUCAAACUGGUCGAAGUCCCUCAGGGCCACAUCCUGUUGGAGAGCAGCCGUCGACUUCCAUUGAUGACUUGAUUUCGGGUGCGGCGAAACAGGCUGACGAGAUUGCCGGUAAAACUCCCGCUCCAGCUACGAAGCCUGAGGACACUACUGGAGAGAAACCAGCUAAGAAAGAGAAGGAAAGGUCGAAGGCCACGAGAAUGGUGUAUUCUGAUAACGAAAUAAGUCCUGAGGAGAAGAUGGCUCAGUUGCCUAGGUACGCAUUUGUUCCUGAUCGCAAAGAAGAGACGGUCCUUGGGGUUGCCACUACUGCUGCAGUUGCGGGAGCCAAUACCGCUUUCGAAACAACAGUAAAUCCAUCACAAUAG